AUUAUUCAGGUCAGUUCCAUGUGAUUGUUUUGGUUCAAAUAAUAACUGUCAUUGGUUGUAAUGAAUUUUGUUAGCUCCAAAUAUUAGUUAAAAAUUAAAGAAUAUCAAGUAAGUUUAUCUAAAUUUAUUUAACAUUUAGACCAAAAAGAAAAGUUUUAUCUAACCCAGUUUUAUACGGGUAAGGCUGUAUUUAGGUUUGGUAACGAAAAAAAAAACAGAUAAUUCCAAUAAACAUUGAUCCUAAUUCGUUGACAAAAGAAAACGUUCGUCGUUAUUCAAGCCAACCAAAGUCAACGAGCGAGCAAAAUGUGUAGAUGCGGUCAAUCUCUUUCACAAUGCCACGUGUCAUAAUCUUAGAUGCUUAACACUUUUGCCACGUCAGCAAAUAGCAACUCUCAAUCUCGUUGUUUGUUGUCGUGGUCAACUUGGAUCAGAAAGAAAUACAAAAGCACCAGUCGAGCCGAAACGAACCAAAUAGGUAGGAAGAAGAAGAAGAAGAAAAGAAAAAAAAAAAAACAAUUUCACCAAUCUCGAUGGUGUCUCCGCUUCGUCAAGUUAUACAGGCAUUUAUCAGUCGUAGACGGCGUAAGAAAAUGGCGAGCGGUGGUGGUACCAGUAGCAAGGAGAAAAAAGGUUUCUCCGUAAACCCUAAAGAUUACAAGCUUAUGGAAGAAGUUGGAAAUGGUGCUAGUGCUGUCGUCCAUCUUGCAAUUUAUCUUCCUACUAAAGAAGUCAUCGCCAUCAAGUGUUUGGAUCUCGAUCGCUGCAACACCAAUCUGGAUGAUAUAAGGAGGGAGGCUCAGACCAUGAGUUUGAUAGACCAUCCGAACGUGAUAAAGUCGUAUUGUUCGUUUGCGGUUGAUCAUAAGCUAUGGGUCGUCAUGCCUUUCAUGGCUCAGGGUUCGUGCUUUCACCUUAUGAAGGCAGCAUAUCCUGAUGGAUUUGAAGAGCCUGCUAUAUGUUGUAUCCUUAAAGAAACGCUUAAAGCUCUUGAUUAUCUUCAUAGACUCGGCCAUAUCCAUCGAGAUGUUAAGUCUGGGAACAUACUACUUGAUGAUACUGGAGAUAUUAAGCUAGGCGAUUUUGGUGUCUCUGCAUGCCUUUUUGAAAACGGCGAUAGGCAACGUUCAAGAAACACAUUUGUUGGUACUCCAUGCUGGAUGGCACCGGAAAUCAUGCAGCCAGGAAGUGGAUACGAUUCCAAGGCUGAUAUUUGGUCUUUUGGAAUAACUGCGCUGGAGUUGGCUCAUGGUCAUGCACCUUUCUCUAAAUAUCCACCCAUGAAGGUACUCUUAAUGACGAUUCAAAAUGCUCCCCCUGGCCUUGAUUAUGACCGUGAUAAGAAGUUUUCAAAGUCUUUUAGAGACAUGGUAGCGUUAUGUCUGGUGAAAGAUCAAACAAAAAGGCCAACCGCUGAAAAGUUGUUAAAACACUCGUUUUUCAAGAAUGCAAAGUCUCCAGAGAUUUGUGUGAAAAAGUUAUUUGCUGAUUUGCCACCUCUCUGGACACGUGUUAAGGAUCUUCAGGAUAAGGAUGCUGAGCUUGCUUUGAAAGGACUUGACCAGGAAGCUAUAUCAAAGAGUGAAUACCAAAGAGGAGUAAGUACUUGGAACUUCAAUAUUGAAGAUUUGAAAGAACAAGCAGCUUCGCUAGAUGAUGAUGACAUCCAAGAAGAGGGUAUGGAAGAAGAUGAAUUUUUUGUCCAACAGUUGCGUAAUAAGGCCAGUAACAGAGGACAAGUGCCAUCAGAAGACAUGAACGGAAAGGAAAAAGUUUCAGAUUCUUUCAGUUUAACUGCUUCGCCUGUUGAACCAGCAACGCCAAGUCCAAAUCACGGUGUUCCACAGGCCAAGGCUAAGUCAUUGAGAGUCCAGGCUCAUGAGAGUGGACCACAGAAAGGCCAUGUUUAUGCAAGGCCGGCUGCAUCAUCCCGUGUAGAACCUAGCUUUAGCGGAGCAUUGAGUCUUCCAAAGCGUGCUUCAGAAAACAGUUUCUCAGCUCCUAGCAAAUCUUCUGGAGGAUUCCGUGAUUCUCUGGCUGACAAGUCAAAGGCUAAUGUGGUUCAAACCAAAGGAAGAUUCUCAGUAACAUCAGAGUACUUGGAUCUUGCAAGGGCACGCCCUUUGAGAAAAUCUACCAGUGUUGGUUUACUCGAAUCUAAAAUGCCCAUCAAGGAGUUAAUUAGUCGUCCUGCGUCUCCUUCGCCUCCUUCGUCUCCUCCGUUCAUCAUGCCUCAACUUCAAAAUCUGGUCCUUCAAACUUCAAAACAACAGGAACUUAUUAUUAAUCUACUGAAAAACUUACAAGUUACUGAAGCAACAGAUGGCUCUCAAAAUGGAAAGUUGCCACUUAUGCCUGGAGGAUCUGACAUCAAUGGAACUGUUGUUGAACCAAUAUCUUCAGAGAGAGAAAGGUUACUGCUUAACAAGAUAUCUGAGCUUCAGUCUAGGAUGAAAGAGGUGACUGAAGAACUUGACGAAGAAAAGUCAAAACACGCACAACUGCAGCAACAAUUGAAAACACUGCUGAGUUACGCAGAAGCUUAUGCAGAAGAGUAAAAGUAUGUUUUUGUACACUAAAACACAGAGGGGGACAGAUUUGGUUUUGUUUUAUGUGAAGAAGCAGACAUCGGCCAUUUGUUUCUCACCGAUGUCUGGAACUUUUGUUUUUAUUUUUUGUGUUGUAAAUGAAACUUAUUACAUUUGUAUUGUAUCCACCAGAUUCUUUUACUAAUAAUCACAUGUGAGGGAUUCAUAAACACAUUUGUUCUUAAGAGAAAAGCUCAAAACU